UCAUGCAUACAUCUUGCGCGGUUUGAGCCAUUCAAGCAAUAAAUCCCGCAUUCUAUGAUCCUUCCUUCCACUGUCUUUUUGCCACAUUCUCUCUCUCUCACAUUCUUGUCAAACAAUAAAAUAUUGUUUCACACACGCACACGAUCAAAGUACAAAAGCAACAUUCUAUUCUCAAAAAGGAGGGAUUUUCUUUUUCUUCUAUUUGUUGUACACCACCCACUGCAAUUCUUCAUCAUCAAGGCUGUCUCAUCCGCGUAGUGCCCUUUUAGAGAGAGAAAAAGUACUGAGGAAAAUAGGUCUCUCUUGUUUUGCCUUCUUAUUUUGACUUGGAGUUUGAGAAAUCUCCUCUCAGAUCUAUUAUGGGUUCUUUUUUUAUUGAAAUUCAUGAUCUUAUUUGUUGAAAGAUUGUCGUUUCUUUAAGAUUUCUUGUCGUGUUAUUAAUUAUUCCAGUAAGCGAUCUAUAUGGUGUUCUUGUUGUCAGAAAGAUUUGUUAAGCUUCAGUUUGAGUUUUUCUAUGAAUGGAUCACUCCGUACCUUGUUUUUCAGAGAUAUCUUCUACCAAUAUUCUGUACUGACAUUGGUACUAUAAAUUUAAUUUAUCUUGUUCCUAAAUCGUUGCAGAUGCAGGCUCAAAAAUCCCAGUUUCCUUAAUUUUUUAUUCCUCGAUUUGACUUAAAACAUUGGAAUUUCCACCCAGUCCAUUACACAGCCAGUUCAUUCAUAAUCCAUUCCCUAAUCCCCAAAUUUCAGUUCUCAGUUUCAUAUAUAGUGAAUUUCUUUGAAUUAAAUUUGAUUACUUGGUCGUUCUUUUUGUGGAAAUGGGUUGUACAUCGUCAAAGGAAAAAGUGUGCCGGAAUUGCCGGAGGUCUUAUUCUCCGGUGAGGCGGAGCGACUCAAUGCACGUGCACCACCUGCCUCAAGAUACAGGGGAUAGCUACCACUUGGUGUCUCUUACUUCCUCAACGUUAGGUUCUUUGAAGCUUGAUGAUCCAAUGAUUCAGAAUCGAAGUUACAUAGAAAAAACUCCGAUUGAAAAUAAAGAAAUCGAUAAACAAAACGCGGUGAAAGAGGAGUUUGCAAUGGGGAUCAUUGAGGCCAAGACUUGGUCUAAGAUGAUCAAUGAGAAAAUCCCAAAAAUUGUUCCCAAAACGCCCAUUAGGACUCCUCCGGGCGAGCCAGAAUUGAUCAAUGCUUGGGAGUUAAUGGAGGGUCUUGAUGACAUUAGUCCUCUUAGGCCCUCCCAUCAUCUUCGUAGCUUUUCCUUUCGUGUAUCCCGGAAUCCUAAUCUGUCUGAUCUUGACGAGCAACCAACGCCAAGAGUGAACGAAACUGGCGAGGCGCCGCCUAAGCCUUUGUGGCUCAAAUUGGCUGAUACUGAUUUGAGUUCGAAUGAUACAUCUAUUGUUUCUGAAUUUGAUCCUGAAGUGAUUGCUUCUUUCAGAAAGGCACUGGAAGAGGAUCUCCCACCGGCCAAUCCAAUUCAUCUCAAGCAAAUGGAUAGUGAAAAGAUUGCGCCGCGCGGUACAGACAAGUUGAUAGUGUACUUCACAAGUCUAAGAGGGGUGAGGAAGACAUACGAGGAUUGUUGCCAUGUUAGAGUGAUCCUAAAAGGAUUAGGUGUUAAGGUUGAUGAGAGGGAUGUAUCGAUGCAUUCGGGGUUCAAGGAGGAGUUGAAGGACUUAUUGGGAGACGGGUUCAAUGCCGGAGGCUUACCGAGAGUUUUCUUGGGAAGAAAAUACAUAGGCGGAGCUGAGGAAAUACGCCGGUUGAAUGAAGACGGAAAGCUUGAGAAAAUGGUUGAAAGAUGCCAAUUGAUGGACGAUGGUGUCAGAGGUGGAGGAUAUGGUGGUAGAGUUUGUGACGUGUGUGGGGAUAUUAGAUUUGUGCCAUGUGAAACAUGUUAUGGGAGUUGUAAAAUUUAUUACAAGGAUGAAUAUGACGAUAACGAAUACAAUGGAAGUGAGAACGAAUACGGCUUUCAUCGGUGCCAGGAUUGUAAUGAAAAUGGACUUGUACGAUGUUCGAUAUGUUGUGAUUAAGUUUUAAAUAAGCAAAGUAAGAAACUGUCUUUCUUGAUUUUCGAUUUUAUUUUCGUGAGUUGUUUCUUGUAUAGCAUGAGAGUUUUUUAUUUUAUUAAUGCGGUACUUUUAAAUAGGUUCAUGUUUGUUUUAGAAAUUGCGAAAUCUAACUCAGUGUUGUCAAAACGGUUGAAGAAUGUACGCGUUUUUUCUCUCUUCUUUAAUC